AUGGGGCUUCGGCAGGGUACCAACACGGUGGGGUUUGCGACCCAUCAAGCAUACUAUGAGCGGGUGGCACCCCAUCAGGACGUGAUCAUAGUGGAAAACGUGCCAGAAUAUCAGGAAAACACGGUGAUGGGAUGUUUGCCUGGGGGAAACCGUGUUUGGCGGAUGAAGUCCAUCAGACUGGACCCUAGGGUCCUAGGUCUUCCAACAGCGAGAGCAAGAGUGUUCAUGAUCAUCUACAAGUACAACAAGGUCCAGUGGAACCCAAAAUUCCACUUGGAAACCCUCACAGAACAUCUUUGCUCACAAGUGGUGAUGAGCGCUGAGAGCUACUUUUGGAAGAAGGCGAAGCACCGUGUCCUGCACGGCGAGGAGCUGCUCAGCACCCACGUGCUACCUGUCACAGCCACUCAGGCGCGGAAAGCUGGAGCACCAAAACUGGCUCUGGGGACAAUUAAGGACACAUCCCAAGCGAAGAUGGCUGGUAAUGCAAUGUCGGUUCCCUGCAUUGGACUGAUCAUUAUGGCAGCCAUCAUGGGCCUAGAGCGUGUAUAG